CAACUACGCCACUGUGUCAUGUUGACAACUUGCUAUUUUUUACCUGGACGGAAGCACGUAACACCAAUUUAUUGUCCAAGAAAUGGACAAGAAAUAUGAGAAACACUGCCGAAUCUGUGUAAAAGAGACAACAAACGGUGUGUAUUUAUUUGACGCAACAAUUUCUGACAGUGAGACCUACAUUGUUGAUUUUUUACGCCAAAUAACGAAUUUGGAGAUAAGUGAAGACGAUGGCCUUACGAAUAUUUUAUGUCCUACAUGUGUUACCAAAGUUUUUGACUGUUUUGAUUUGGUCCAAAUAUGUAUUGCUUCAGAUGCUAUUCUUCGGAGUGCUAAGGACACGAAAUGUGAUUCAAAUAAGCAAAAUAGUGAUUUAAUCAAAUCAGAAGACCUAAAUUUGCCUAAAGAUAGUGAAUUUCAAUGUAGGAUUUGUAAAUUGACUUUCAGCAAUAAAACUAGCCUGAACAAACAUAAUAAAAGUACACACAAGGACGACAAUCCUUUUAAAUGUGAUCAGUGUUCACAAUCAUUUCGGAAAAAGAUGCACUUGAAUGUACAUCAACGCUCACAUACCAAAGACGAGGAUAAGAAGUUUUUUUGUAAAAGUUGUGACAAACAAUUCAUGUAUGAAUAUUUACUGAGACAGCAUGAGUACAAACACACGGAUGAGAAACCUUUUCCCUGCAGUGUCUGUAAUAGAGGGUGCCUUACUGCGGAAAGCUUAAGACGCCACAUGCGAAUCCACGAUCGAAAUUACGUAAAAAAGAAGCACUCGUGUGAAAUUUGCCACAAAGAAUUCCCCUACCCUAGUUUUCUAGCUGAACAUAUGAAAAAUCACACCGGGGAAAAACCUCACUUGUGCUCCACUUGUGGUAAGGGUUUUCGACAAAGUGGAGCCUUACAUUACCAUCAGAGGAUUCACACUGGUGAUAAAAAAUUCAGUUGUACGAUUUGUAAUGGACGUUUCAUGUCUCAAAGUGUUCUAAAAGUGCACAUGCGAAAGCACACAAAUGAAAGGCCUUACGUUUGCCAUAUCUGCGGUAUGGCGUUUAGACAAUCAACGGACAUGAAAAGUCACCAAAGAACCCACAGUGGUGACAAACCAGUACUGUGUAAUAUUUGUGGCAAGCGGAUGUCAACGACCGGCCAACUAACCAUUCAUAUCAGAUCUCACACCGGCGAAAAGCCGUUUUCUUGCUCAAAUUGCCCUAAAGCGUUCACGUCUAGGGCGAUGUUAGUCAAACACGAACGGAUUCAUACAGGAGAGAGGCCGUAUCGAUGUAAUGUUUGUGGCAAAGCGUUCAAUCAAAGCGGGACUUUAAGGACGCACAAAAAAACUCAUGAAUGUGAUAAGAAACGGAGAAAAAGUGAAAAACAAAAAGAAGUUAUCGAGGAUAAGGCCUAUCAAAGUUCGGACGCUGUGUUUUUCAAAAACGAAUUUGUCAAUUUGGAAACUGAGAUUGUUACUGACGAGUUUAUUGGUAGUAACGUCCAGGAUAUUGAAGUUAAGACGAGUGAUGGGUGUAUGAAAACUCAACUGACGCUUAUUCUGCCUGCGCCUAUACCGCUACUGCAAAAUCUGUAAUAGUAAAAAAAUAAACGCUAUUUUUCUACACCGA